AGGUGUAUCAGCUUCUUGCAGAGCCAUUUGACACCCAUGAAAGGCAGCUUUCUGCCCUAAGUGAGUCAGGUGACCAAAACUGGGGUACAAUCGCACGUUGAGAUUCCAUCUGCCGGCAGUGUGGAAGCACAGGAGUCAAGAUGACAUUCAUCGCCAAGACCUUCUACGACCUGAGGGCCAAGACGCUGGAGGGAGACACUGUUGAUUUCAACGUGUUUAGGGGUAGAGUGGUCCUGAUAGAAAAUGUGGCCUCGCUCUGAGGCACCACCACCCGGGACUUCUCCGAGCUCAACCAGCUUCAGAGCAAGUACCCACAUCGGCUAGUGGUCCUGGGUUUUCCCUGUAACCAGUUUGGAUACCAGGAGAACUGCUCCAAUGGUGAGAUCCUGAAUUCACUGCAGAAUGUGCGUCCAGGCGGCGGCUUUCAGCCCAACUUUACUAUCUUUGAGAAGUGUGAUGUCAACGGAACAAACACACACCCGGUCUUUGCCUAUCUUAAAGACAAGCUCCACUAUCCCGAUGACGACCCCAACUCUUUCAUGCAGGACCCCAAAUUUCUGGUUUGGAGUCCCAUCAGCAGGACGGACAUCUCUUGGAACUUUGAGAAAUUCCUCGUGGGGCCAGAGGGAGAGCCCUUUAAAAGAUACAGCAAGAAGUUCCCCACCAUUGACAUCGAGCCUGACAUCCAAAGACUAUUAAGAUUAACCAAGACCUAAGAAUAGCUUCCAACAUUUUAAGAUUUCUCAUACAUCACAGUCAAAGCAGAUAUGCUGUCCUCCACACUUUUAAGCCUUAUUACAUGAGGGUGAUAUUCUGAAAUGCUGAGGGAAUAUUAUCUGAGGCUUUAUAAGUGCUUUAAGAGUAGUGGAGAUACAGUAUGUUAAAGUGUAGUUACAAGUUGCUAGCCUAUCCAGCAGAUGGUGCUGCUGAUUUGAUCCUACCAACGGAUAACUUCUGUCAUGCUUUUAUGAAUUAACAUUCACCACACACACAUUCACAAAUUGUUUACACUGAAUUAAAACCCUUUA